AUCGAACUUCAAUUGGAACAACCCUUAUCAACUGGAUUCAACUGGAUUAAAGAGGCACUACACGGAAAAUGUGUCUCAGAUGAGUAGGAAGAGAGGCAUGUAAUCGCAGCACUCUGCUAUGCAGCGGCUCACUGGCACGAUGUGCGUGUGGAUAUGUGGCAGCUAUUACCUGUACGAGCAGAGGCGGGCAAGACACAGCGCAAGUGUGAUACCGCUCUACGAAUGGACGCGUGUCUGGUUAAGAGUAGUACGGAAACGUGUAUUAACAGCAUGGCAUGAGUUUCAAGGGAUAGCAGUUGAUAAUUUCGUAAAAUGGCAAGUAUACGACCGCAGUAGCGCAAUCUGGAUUUUACUCUUCAAUCUAUUCUGCGAGAUAGAGGCCCGUGCAAUGACACGGGAUUUUUGGCAAAAAAUUAUGAGUGGAGCAGGUCAACACUUCGUGACAUCACGUACAGGGGAAUGCCGCUGGGGAUUUGACAUGUACGUGGAUGAUACGACCAGCACAACGUUUUCCCCUUGGAGCACCCUCAUCACGAAGCAGGUGCAGCAGAGUGUACUUCGAGCGAUUAGGAGCAACUACCGUUCCUUGACCGCGAGGAUAGCACCUCGGGAGAGCGUGCGAGAGCCUGCGCAUGGACAAGCCGGGACUGACCGGACUAUCACGCAUGACACUCCAAUGGAAGGCAGGUUGAGAACGCACAAUAGAACGGCGAAUCGAUUUGCAGUAAGCAGGGACAACAGAGAGCGCAACUUCGCAAGGGGGAUCGGUAGAUGUACAAGGUUGGCAAACCCUUAGUGAAAUGAAAGGAGAAAACAUUAUAUGAAAGAAAUCUUACCAAGGUAAACCAAGCAUGAGGAAGGAACACACAAAUAAUACGCCAUUCGCGACAGAUCCAUCUACAAUCCUGAGGAAUCAAAACAAGAAGAAAA